UCCCCACGACCCCACCUAUAAAUUCCCCACACCAUCGACACCCUUUACCCAAUCCACUCGCCCGCUGACUCCGAUCAAGAAAAUCCCCGCCGCAACACAGCGAUCGAUCUUUAGCUCCCGCGAACCUCCCUCUCUGUCAAGAUGCAGAUUUUUGUGAAGACGCUCACCGGCAAGACCAUCACACUUGAGGUCGAGUCCUCUGACACAAUUGACAAUGUCAAGGCAAAGAUCCAGGAUAAGGAGGGUAUCCCGCCGGACCAGCAGCGACUCAUCUUUGCUGGCAAGCAACUCGAGGAUGGGCGGACACUAGCUGAUUACAACAUCCAGAAAGAGUCCACCCUCCACUUGGUUCUCCGUCUCCGUGGUGGCAUGCAGAUCUUUGUCAAGACCUUGACCGGCAAGACCAUCACCCUGGAGGUGGAAUCUUCAGACACCAUCGACAACGUGAAGGCGAAGAUCCAGGACAAGGAGGGCAUCCCCCCGGACCAGCAGCGCCUGAUCUUUGCCGGUAAGCAGCUUGAGGAUGGUCGCACACUGGCAGAUUACAACAUUCAGAAGGAGUCUACUCUCCACCUGGUGCUUCGCCUUCGUGGUGGCCAGUGAGUUCUUCGCAUUCCUGGAAGUUUGACCCGGACCAGCAGCGCCUGAUCUUUGCCGGCAAGCAGCUUUAGGAUGGUCGCAUACUGUUGGACUCCACCUGGUGCUUUGCCUUCGUGGUGUCACUGAGUUCUUCUUACUCCUGGAAGUUUGAUUUGACUACGCCUGUUGCUGGUAUCCGAGUCAUUAUUUGUGCUUUUACUUAAAAUUUGUAGUCCCGUGCCAUUCGUGAGAACACCUGGUGCUGCCUUUAAGCAGCUUAUAUUAGUACUAUCCGUUAUGAAAUAUAAGUGAUCCUGAAUCUUCUUAUUCCUUGAUAAGCCGAAUCUCUGUAUCCUGUAAAUUACAGUUGCUUUGUGCUGGUCCUGUGAUUCAUAGAUGUUCAGACUGUAA